CGUCAUUUUGACAUCGUCAAAGCAAGCUGUGUAUUGUUUUUUGAUGCUAAUUGUUUUUCUGUUGCAUGUCAAAGUGGUCACGACCAAAGUACAAAAGAGCUUGCGAUUAAAAAAUUAAUUUACAAUUAAAUAUAAAUUUGAUCCAGAAAACAAGGCAAAAAAAUACUACAAAUAAAUCAUCUUUUUCAACCACAUUUCAAGAUGGACAGUGACACAGAUUCUCCGAAUGUGCGACGAUCGGUGCGCAAGAAAAUGCCAAACAGCGAGGUGAUCCAAAGAAAUUUGAUCCGAAAAGAAAGUUUUUCAAGUCGAAUGUCGUCUGCAUCUCCAAAGGUGAAAAGACGUUUGGUGCUGACAAAAAAACCAAAGUCGGCGUUGAAAAAAAAACGGCCAACGCUAAAGAAACAAAAGAAGAAGGUCCAGCUAAAAAAAGAACCGAAAUUCGAUCCAAUUGUCAAAAUCGAUCGUCUCAACACAGAUCUGUUGAAUGAAAACUAUCGCUUGAAUGGUGAUAUUUUUGAUUCAGAUGACAUCAACAUAAAACAAGAUCCAAACGAUUCGAUGGCAUCCGAUCCACUUGGGAUGACAGACAAUUUUGUUGUGAGCAAAAACGCGGGUAUCUUAUGCGCAAUGAAUGACAACUGUUCGAUUUUUCCGGUCUUUUUUCCGACUGAAGUGGACAAUUCGGGUGUCAUACUAUUCAACAGUACCUCAAAGAAAAAGGCAACGUUAAAAAUCUCAUACCCAAAGUGUUUCGUGGUAUUGAAUGGAAAAUUCCAUAUUCAGGGCCAUGGCACAUUCAACGUUGGAGAUUUCAUCAAAGCACCGGCCGGUUCGCAGCUUGGAAUUAAGUAUUUGGGUGGAAGCGAAGCAUGUGGAAGAAUCAUUUUCUUCAAAUCACAAUCAUGAAAUUGUGAAUUUUUACUACAUCGAUAAAAUGUACAACGAGCAUGUUAAUUUUUACUUGUUUUAUUUAUAAGAUAUAGUUUUUUUUCUGUAAUUAAUUAACAUAAACCUCAAAUAAAUCGCAAAUAUAUCGAAAAAAUCA